AUGUUCCUCUUUGCUCACAAGACCAAGACGCCCAUCAGCACUUAUGCAGACUCCUUCCGGCCUCCGAAUACCAUGAAGAAGUCCUUUGAGGACCCUCCCUUGGCCCUAUGGAGUGAGAACAAGUUUCUGACACAGGGCUUGACAGUGCCCAGAGUGGACCAUCCGGUUGACCAAUCCCACCUGGAGAAGAUGGUGAAGAAGGCGGUGCAGGAAUACUCGUAUAAGAACUCGAUAGAGCCGACAGCUUACCGACCGUACAAAUAUUGGGUGACCAGGGAAGAAGAGAAGUUCAACCCCGUCUUCAUCGGUGAUGACAGGUACGCGACAUGGAGAACCGGGCCCUACAACAGCGCAGGAUGGAACCGAUAUACCACCUACCUUCCGCGGAUCCCCAGGGAGGCUGGGAUGGAGACGAUACUGCGUGGGAUGCCCAUGCAGUACCCCCCGAAACCUGAGCGUCUCAACAACUAUGAACGGGAAGUCGUGGUGAACAUGUUGAACAGCCUGUCUCGGAAACAGCUCCCGUCUGUACAGCACCGUUACGCCAUCCCGGGCAGGAUGCCGUACCAAGGUUACUACAGCCCCUGCACCGGUCGCCACUACUGCUUGCGAGGGAUGGAUUACUACGUGGACGGAGCCCCCACCAACGAGAGGCAGAUCAGCCAACUAGUUGAGAAGAUUGUAAGGAAUUUCCCGUACUGCGAUCAGCAGCAAGAGAUGAUGCUAUGUGCACGUCUGCCCGACCUGCCGCCUUCUUUCCCGUAUAUGAACCUUAAGUGGGACACAAGCCAUUUUAAGACAACCGGAGGGCUACAGAGGGACAGCUAUGUAAUUCAUCCUGAGUUUGUUUCGGAGUCUUACCCCGCUCCACCGUGUUGGUAGAAGAAAGUCGAGACAGGGUCGCCAUUAAAAUUGCCACUGGUGACUAAUAGCGCCUCUGUUCUUUCC